AUGGUCGUCUUGAAGUCUCCGUUCCCCACAGUAAAGAUCCCCAUCACUACAAUCCCAAACCAUUUCCUGUUUGAUCCCAUCAGGAAUGACCCGGGUCGUCGAAAUCUCGUCGCAAUGUUGCUCUCUGAAACCAAUGAAAAAAUCACAUAUGGAGAGGUAGAGCACAAUGUGUUGGCAUUAAGUGCUGGUUUGGCUGCUCUUGGUGUCCACAAGGGUGUUGUGGUUCAGAUGUUUGGACCUUCUGGGCCUGAGUUUCCUCAAAUUGCGUGGGCAGUAUUGCAUGCUGGUGGAAUAUUAACCACGGCUAACCCAGCAUACAAUGCCGAUGAAUUGGCCUACCAGCUUGGUGACUCCAAACCAACCUUCAUGUUCACAGUCCCAGACAUGCUCGAAACUGCACUUGCAGCCGCAAAAGAGGGCAACAUCAAGACUUCAAACAUCUUUGUAUACCAAGCUAAAGCUACAGGCUUCAAAUACUGGACAGAGUUGUUUGGCGAUGCUGCCAAAGCCCCAAAAGUGAAAUGGAGUGCUGAUGAGCUGACAAAGACUCCAGCCUAUAUUUUGUAUUCUUCUGGAACUACUGGUCGACCAAAAGGAGUCAUGCAAUCCCACUUCAACGUAAUUGCGAACAGACAACAAACAUCUUCGUUGGUACCUCCUGAAUUUAUACCACCAUCUGGAACUCCUGCAUUGUCAAUCUUCCCCAUGUACCACGCCGCUGGUCUCUUCAUCAUUCAAGGAAUGUUGGCUGGUGGAUCCAUGGUAAUCACAUCUAGAAAGUUCUCCUUCUCGAGGUUUUGUCAGGCUAUUCAGGACUACAAGAUUGCUGGAAUUGUUGCUCCACCACCAAUUUACGUCAUGCUCGCUAAAAGCCCAGAAGCUCGUAAAUACGACCUGUCGAGCUUGCAAGCUAUGGGUUCUGGAGCUGCUCCACUUGGAAAGGAAUUGGCCGAGGAGAUUGGUGCAAGCUUCAAGCUUCCUUCUGGUUUCAUUAUGAACGGAUGGGGUCAAUCUGAGGUCAACUGUUCUGGAACUGGUGGAGGCCUCCUACCUCCCAAAAUCGGAAGUGUCGGUUUCCCAUUACCCAAUUCUGAAAUCAAACUGAUUGACGAGGACGGCAACGAAGUACACACCCCCAACACACCUGGAGAAAUGUACUACAAAGGUCCUAAUGUGACUUUGGGGUAUCUGAAUCGUGAUGAUGCUACAAGGGAGACGUAUAUUGAUGGAUGGGUCAAGACUGGAGAUCAAAUCAUUUAUGACGAUCAAGGAUACUUGUUUGUGGUUGACCGUCUCAAGGAGUUGAUCAAAGUGAAUGCUCUUCAAGUUGCUCCAGCCGAAUUGGAAGCCCUUGUGCUCUCCCAUCCAGCAGUUGCAGAUGUAGCUGUUGUGCCUACUCCAGACGAUAUGGCCGGUGAACUACCAAGAGCCUUCGUAGUAACCAAAGCCGGAAAGCAAUCCAAGCAAACUGCAUUGGAUAUUAUGAAAUUCGUUGAUGAGAGAGUCGCCAAACACAAGCAUCUCCGAGGCGGUAUCUGCUUCGUAGAUGAGAUUCCUAAAAACCCUUCUGGAAAGAUUCUUCGCCGAGUCUUGCGAGAUGAUCCUGCUAAAGGCUUGAUUCCUCACCCUGCUAAUGCUGGUCCUAAUGCUCGACUAUAG